CAGCCCGGGAGAAGGCCGGGAAGAUGGCGGCCUCCUGGAGGCUAGGCUGUGAUCCGCGGCUGCUGCGUUGCCUCCUGGGCUUCUCCCGAAGCCCAGGGCUGGUUAAGGGGGCUGCUGGGCGGUCUGUCGGCCGUGGAGCUAGUUGGAGAUGGUUUCACAGCACGAAGUGGCUGCGGGCUGAUCCUAUUACGAUACUAAUGCCAUCACUGUCUCCUACAAUGGAAGAAGGGAACAUUGUGAAAUGGCUGAAAAAGGAAGGUGAAGCUGUGAGUACUGGAGAUGCCUUAUGUGAAAUAGAGACUGACAAAGCUGUGGUUACCUUAGAUGCAAGUGAUGAUGGCAUCUUGGCCAAAAUAGUGGUUGCAGAAGGAUCUAAAAAUAUACGGCUAGGUGCACUAAUUGGUUUGCUAGUUGAAGAAGGAGAAGAUUGGAAACAUGUUGAAAUUCCCAAGGAUAUAGGUCCUUCGUCACCAGCUUCAAAACCAUCAGUGCCUUGCCCUUCACCAGAACCACAGAUUUCUACCCCUGUCAAAAAGGAACACAUACCGGGAAAACUGCAGUUCCGUUUAAGUCCAGCUGCCCGCAAUAUUCUGGAAAAACACGGACUGGAUGCUAACCAGGGCACAGCCACUGGCCCUCGGGGGAUAUUCACUAAAGAGGAUGCUCUCAAGCUGGUCCAGUUGAAACAGAUGAGCAAGAUCACUGAAUCCAGACCCACCCCAGCCCUGCCAACCAUUCCCACGGCGUCUUUACCCCCACAGGCCACAGCCAGGCCAUCUUAUCCCCGGCCAAUGAUCCCUCCAGUAUCAACUCCUGGACAGCCUAAUGUAGCGGGCACGUUCACUGAAGUCCCUACUAGCAAUAUUAGAAGAGUUAUUGCCAAGAGGUUAACUGAAUCUAAACGUACUGUACCUCAUGCAUAUGCUACUACUGACUGUGACCUUGGGGCUGUCUUAAAAGUUAGGCAAAAUCUGGUCAGAGAUGACAUCAAAGUAUCAGUCAACGAUUUUAUCAUCAAGGCAGCAGCUGUUACCCUUAAACAAAUGCCGAGUGUUAAUGUAAGCUGGGAUGGAGAGAGCCCAAAGCAACUGCCCUUUAUUGACAUUUCAGUGGCUGUGGCAACAGAUAGAGGGUUAAUUACACCAGUCAUCAAAGAUGCUGCUGCUAAGGGUCUGCCGGAGAUUGCUGACUCUGUGAAGGCUCUAUCAAAGAAAGCUAGAGAUGGAAAAUUGUUACCUGAAGAAUACCAAGGAGGAUCUUUUAGUAUUUCCAACUUGGGGAUGUUUGGCAUCGAUGAGUUUACUGCAGUGAUCAACCCUCCUCAGGCCUGCAUUUUGGCUGUUGGGAGAUUCCGACCUGUGCUGAAGCUCACUCAGGAUGAAGAGGGUAAUGCCAAACUGCAGCAACACCAGCUCAUAACGGUCACAAUGUCCAGUGACAGCCGAGUGGUAGAUGACGAACUGGCUACCAGGUUUCUGGAAAGUUUUAAAGCAAACCUGGAGAAUCCUAUCCGACUUGCCUAAUCCUCAAAGAUGAGAAGUUGGUCUUUGGCUUAGUUAAUUGUAUCAUUGUUACUGAGAAACAUACACUAUAGGAAAACAAUUAGGUAUUUAAGUGUGAAGUGAAUGAAAUGUUUAUUUAGGGUGAAAGAGUUUGACCUGAGUUGUCUUCAUUUUCAGUUUGGGUUCAGUGUUAUAUAAAUAAAUAACAAACUGUAACUAAUGGAAGGAAGAGAACAUUUGGUUAGUCAGAUGCAUUUUUAAUUUAACCACUGGUGCUGUACAAAAGGGAUGUUCAGCUAGAUGUAAAUUAAAUUAGAUGUUUGGCUCAUUGGAGCAUUUUAGAAUAUUUGAAGAUGUAUGAUAAGUUGUAAAAUCAAAAAAUUUUAGAACUCUACCUUAAUUGUGUUGAAAUUAGAAGUGGUCUUCAAAGAGAUGCCCAUUAAUGUAGCAGUGGGACGUCACUUUUAUAAGCACUGCUCUAGAUAUACUUGAACAAUUUAAUAUGUACAGAAGUUUAUUCUGGAUACUAGUAGAUAAAUAAGAAUCACUCUGUAUUAGGGGUUGUGGCAACAUUAUUGAAUUUUUUAUGUAUAUAAAGCCAUAUGCUUUAGAGUGGUUUCUAUCAGUCUUAUUUUACACUUCUAUGACACUGUGAACUAAAGAAGAAGAAUUAAAAAGAAUCAAAGGUGAAGAAAGAGACCAAAGUAUUUUGUUUGCUUUGAUAAUAAACUACAGUUAAAAUAUCUAAACCUUCAGAAAUAAACCGCUCACCUUCAUACUGAGUUGGAAUAUAUUAAAGUAAGUUAUGCUAUUUCCUACCUAACAUUUUAAGUUAGUGUUGAUUUAAACACAUGCUGUUACUUAGUGCAUUUUAAUCAAGUUUAUACUGUGCAAUAAAAUAUGAGAAAAUAUAAAAAUUUCUAUUGUAUUUUAAAU